GUCAUCGUCAGAGUCCAGGUUCAGUUUCCAGAGUAUCCGGUACUGAGUCUGGUUAUUUAUUUAUAUAAAUUAUUGUGCCACUAAGAGAGUGCGCAAUUUAUCGGUAGCUUUUGUUGUCAUCGUUUGUUAAUUAUUUAACUAGGUAAUUAAUUAAUCAAGUUUAUAUAAAAUAAUUUUCAAAAAAUGGCUGUUAUUCGCGAUGAUUUAUUGAAAGAAUUUGGAUUCUGGAGUGCGGUUCUUGUUUUAAAAAUACUGAUGAUGGCUGUUCUUACUGCACGUCAACGAUUUUCUAAAAAGGCGUUUGCUAAUGCAGAAGAUCUUCCAGACAAAUCAGCAAAAAUAUCUACUGCUGAUCCCGAUGUUGAACGAGUACGUCGGGCACAUUUGAACGACCUGGAGAAUAUUCUUCCUUGGUUCGUUAUCACACUAGUUUGGCUGUCAACUGGACCCUCACAUUUCCUCGCCAUGGUUCUUAUCAGAACCUUCACUAUCUCCAGAAUUAUUCAUACCAUAGCCUACGCUAUCUUUGCUGCCCAACCAUACAGAGCGAUUGCAUGGUUUGUUGGCUACGGCAUCACUAUUUAUCAAACCAUCUCCGCAAUGAUUUAUUACUUUUAAAUUUUUACAUUUUAUUGGUCUACAUUGAGCAGAAAAAUAAAUUUUAGUGAUCAGCAAUAAUAUUAAUUCUUAAAUAAAAUAAUAUUCUAUUAACUUAUUUUUUUGCUUAAGGUAGCAGCUAUUUUUUUUCAAUCAAAGAGAACAUAUAUAUAUAUAUAGAUUACAAAUUUAUAAAUGUUGAUUCAUUAUUAAAAUAUAUUAAAGUUAUAUUAAAUCGUAAUUCCAAUCAAAUUUAUAUUUUUAGAUAAAGUCAAUAUUUUUAUACACUUAAAAAAUAUUGAUUAAUUUUUAUACUUAGUAAUGUAAACA